AUGGUGCCCCAGAGGAGGGGGAAUUUCCCCCUCAAAACUGCUCCACGCUUGGCCCGGCGGCGUCACGGAGUUAACCCUCCCGGUGCCAAACUGGCUCCGCCUCCCCGCGCCCCUCCCCGCCCCCACCGCCGCGCACACACUGGGCUACCCAGAGAGGCGCUUUUGACUGCUGAUCCUGCGGCCCCACGGUCAGAGGGCUCAGGAAUGUCGGGGGGUGAGGUGAAGUUCAGGCCCCGAAGCGGGGCUGGUGAAGAUCCUAGACUUCCCUUCCCCAUGGGGAAGGGAACGCGGGCCCCGCCCCCUCGGGCCGUGGCUCCUCCCUCCCUGCGGUGCUCAGGGGGGCUUACAGCAGAAGAUGCCCCUGGCCUGGCAGGCCGAUUGAGCCAGCCUGGUUAUUGGGUGGGAGUAGGGGAAAGUCUGGGCCCUCGCUGUCUGAGGAUGGAGUGGGCGAGAUCUGAAGGUAGGGCCAUGCCAGGAAGCUGGUCACUCUUCCUAAUCUAUGGGGUAUGGAGAAAGGGGGCUGCCUCUGACUUAGGGAUCACCUCCGUCCCGGUGGGGUAG